GCUGGGGUGGACACGGUUGACAAGUUUGCUUGCCUGGAGAAGGACUUGAUUCAAGUGUUGAAGGAUGACUUGGCCUUGGGUGGGAGCGCGUCGCUUGCUACAAGAGCUCAGGUAGCUUCUUUCAUUGUGGCCUGGAAAUCGGCGUCUGUCAAGGUGCAGAGGCAAGCAGAGGUGGAAGCAGAGAUGGACACCCGUGACUGGGCAAAGCCAAUUGCAAACACAGAUUACAUGGCGAUGAGACAAGCGUACCGUGUUAAGUACGAUAUGAUGGAGGACAAGGCGACCCCUUCCAAAGAGUAUUUGGAGAAGAAGCUGCAAGAGUUGGAGACAGGUGAGUUUCGGGCUGAAACGCUUCAGCAGGUGAUCUCAAGGGAGGAAGCGGACCCAGAUACGCUCAUGGUCACGGACAAUCUUUCAUGGGGCAAAGCUUUGAAGCAGGCGUGGAAGGACCCGACUACGAAGGAGCGGAACUUCACGACCCCGUUGGCUCUGUACUCCAAGCGGCCGGCUCCAGAGAAUAAGGGCAAGG